UUUUCACGUUGGGCUUAUAUCUAUCUUUUCUCUUUCCUUUAUAUUUAAGAUAAGAUUAAAAAUGAACGCAAGAAUUAUAAUGGUGUUGGCAUCGGUGAUGGGGGUGAGAUCCUGAAAGCGCCCCGUCUCUUCCCUCCCACCCCCCUGCCCCCUUUGAUUUCUCCCCUACACAUUCGGGAAAUCCCUCCUUUCAGUGCCCAACACCCAUAAAAAUAGAAAAAAAUCCUUUGGGUAUUUUUGGAACGCCCAAGGAGUGAGAAGAAAGGAGAAGAGCCGAAGAAAAGCCCUCCCGAAAGACUUGUUGGCAGCAGCUGCAGCGGCAGCUACCCAAGUGAAAAAUGUCGGAAAGGUGUCAGUGGGGAGGAGAUGUCGGAUGUGGCGUGGGUUUUUGAGAUCUGGAGUGUUCCAGAUGGAGUAAGAUAGAGUGAAGGUGCUGAGAGAAAUGCUGUUAGGUUUUUGCUUUCGUUUCCUCCUGCAACUGUUUUUCUUCUCAUCUCGCUCUACAUGACGACCAAACGUGCUUACAAGCUACAGGAAUUUGUAGCACACUCUUCCAGUGUAAACUGUCUCAAGAUUGGGAGGAAGUCAUCCAGGGUUCUUGUCACUGGUGGAGAAGAUCACAAGGUGAAUCUUUGGGCCAUCGGCAAGCCCAAUGCCAUACUGAGUUUGUCUGGGCACACGAGUGGAAUUGAUUCGGUAAGUUUUGACUCUUCAGAGCUGUUGGUGGCUGCAGGAGCGGCAAGCGGCACAAUCAAGCUAUGGGAUUUGGAGGAGGCAAAGAUUGUUCGCACGCUUACUGGCCACAGAUCAAAUUGCAUAUCUGUGGACUUCCAUCCAUUUGGGGAAUUCUUUGCAUCUGGCUCUCUGGACACAAAUCUUAAGAUUUGGGAUAUCCGAAAGAAGGGGUGUAUCCACACUUAUAAGGGCCAUACACGAGGGGUCAAUGCAAUCAGAUUUACACCAGAUGGCCGCUGGGUUGUGUCUGGUGGAGAGGACAACACUGUGAAGCUGUGGGAUCUGACUGCUGGAAAGUUGUUGCACGAUUUCAAAAGUCAUGAGGGCCAGCUUCAGUGCAUAGAUUUUCAUCCUCAUGAAUUUCUGCUGGCAACAGGUUCAGCUGAUAGAACUGUUAAAUUCUGGGACCUUGAAACUUUUGAGUUGAUUGGUUCAGCUGGACCUGAGACCGCUGGAGUGCGUUGUAUGACUUUCAAUCCUGAUGGGAAAACUCUACUCUGUGGGUUGCAUGAAAGUCUGAAAGUUUUUUCAUGGGAACCAAUAAGAUGCCAUGAUGCUGUGGAUGUGGGGUGGUCUAGAUUAUCAGAUCUUAACAUUCAUGAGGGAAAGCUCCUGGGCUGCUCAUACAACCAAAGUUGUGUUGGAGUCUGGGUUGUAGAUCUCUCGCGCAUAGAGCCAUAUGCAGUUGGUAAUGUGACUCGAUUAAAUGGUCAUUCGGAAUCUAAAUCUAGUUCAAGUGGGAAUUUGUCAGUACUGACAGAAAACACCACAAAGGCUAGUUUGGGCAGGUUAUCCAUUUCACAAAAUACAGAGCUGAUUAUGAAGGAAACAAAAUCUCUGGGAAGGCUGUCUGUCUCUCAAAAUUCAGAUCCUGUUGACAAGGAGACAAAAUGUUUGGCAUCCACAGGAAGUGUACCUGGUACUCCUCAAAGGGUCAAUUUAAACACUGGUCCAAAAACAACUUUGGCAAGUUCAACAACAGCUCCAAAGAGGAUUUCUGCAAAGGCCCAUUCAACAGCAAAUGUUUCAGCCUUUAAUAAAUCAGAUGUGAUACCUGUAAUUGUCCCCAGAACUAAUGUGAGGUUGGAUCAGGCAGCUGAAUCCAGAAAGGAAGUUGGUGUUUCUGGAAGAACAAUUCCAUUCUCUUUGCAGUCAAGAACAAGUGAUUUCCGGAAGUCUCCAAAUAGAAGAGAUGAAUUAGAGAGACCAACUGUUUCUGUCCCAUCUGAAAAUGCAGGUUCCAAAGCUACUGAUCUUACCACAGUUGCAGAUAGGAAUAUUUUUCCUGCGGUUAAGUGCUCAACUCCAGGAAUUUCUGCAGCUGAAAGAAAUGUGAAAGAUGAUAGGUGUAUUGGAUCUGGCAGGCAAGAAAUGAAUUCAACGAUGGAGCCACCUCCUAACUACCACCAUGAAAAUUAUGACACACGGGUGCAUAGAGCAAACAGAGAUGCAUGCUCUAUUGAAGUUCAAAAAGGAGGAAGAACCCGUUCGCUUGUUGCUAACUGGGAGAAGAGAGAAAUAUCUCCCACUUAUGAGGGACAUACAUCCAGUAAUUUCUCUGGGACUGUUUCUGCAUCUAACAUGCUCCCAUUUAGUGCGAGAGGAUAUACUCCAUCUACUGAAAAGGAAGCAGUGCCUGCCAGUGAUGAAGAUGCUAUUACAGAUAUAAUGGAACAACACGGUCAAUUUGUUGGCUCUAUCCAGUCUCGCUUAUCCAAGUUACAGGUAGUCCAUAGAUUUUAAAGGAAUGACAUUAAGGGGGCUAUUGGUGCGAUGGAAAAGAUGGCUGAUCAUUCUGUCUUUGCUGAUGUAAUCAGCAUUUUGAGAGAAAAACCUGAUGUUGUGACACUGGAAAUUUGCACUUCUCUCCUGCCACUCCUCACGAGUCUUCUUGAAAGUGAGAUGGAUAGGCAUUUAGGCAUUUCUCUUGAGAUGCUCCUUAAGCUGGUGAGGAUAUUUGGUUCAGUGAUCCAUUCAACUUUAUCAGCAUCAUCAUCUGUUGGUGUAGAUAUUCAGGCAGAGCAAAGACUGGAGCGCUGCAAUCUCUGCUUUAUUGAGCUUGAAAAGAUCAAACACUGCCUGCCUGCCCUAACCAGAAGAGGAGGUUCAGUUGCAAAAUUGGCGCAGGAGCUGAAUCUAGCACUUCUAGAAGUACUAUGAGUGAGUGGUAAUUUUUGGGCUUUCCGUGGAUUAACUUAUGGUGCUUUGAGGAAGUGAGUUUGUGCAUUUUCAAGAAUUCGGCCCAUCUCCAUGCAGCAUCUCAUUGUGCGGUGUGUGUGAUGUUGUUGAACCCCUUGCCCCUGGCCAUUUGAUGCUGAAUGGAGACAUUAACUAAACACUAAUUCCUACUUCAUUAACUGAAAUCCAAAGGCUAAUGGACAAGUCCCUCUUUACCUCCUUCAGCUGGUUGCUGCACAGUUCUGGCAACUAGACUCAGUUUCUGCUUGGCGGAGAAGAAUCAAACCACGCCAUGUGACACUCUAACCCAAUGUCUGGUACAUCAAUUUGUGACUUUUGGCUUCAUGAGUGAAAGAAUGUAUCAAUUUAUAAUUUUUUUUUUUAUAUAUAAAUACAAAUGCGUGUCAAAUGAUAGCAGUGCAAUAUUUGGACUGUCAAUUUGUUGGAAUUCUGGAAAUGAAGCAAAUUUAUGGUUUCCCAA